CGGAAGGUGUUACCGCUGUCGCCGCCGCUCGUGCGAGUCCCAGGUCCUUGUCAGCACAUUUCUGAAUAUUUUUGCUGAACCCUCUGCAGAAUUCAGAGAAACUGCUCAGUGACCACUGAACGGAAGAUCUAAUCUUAAGACUUACGCAUAUUCCAGCCACCACAUCAGAACAAUGUCCUAUGUUUUUGUGAACGAUUCUUCUCAGACUAAUGUGCCCUUGCUACAAGCCUGUAUUGAUGGAGACUUUAACUAUUCCAAGCGGCUUUUGGAAAGUGGCUUUGACCCAAAUAUUCGGGACAGCAGGGGCAGAACAGGCCUUCACCUUGCAGCAGCUCGAGGGAAUGUAGACAUCUGCCAGUUGUUACAUAAAUUUGGUGCUGAUCUUCUGGCCACAGAUUACCAAGGAAACACAGCUCUUCACCUCUGUGGCCAUGUGGACACUAUUCAGUUCUUAGUUUCCAACGGACUCAAAAUUGAUAUUUGCAAUCAUCAAGGUGCUACCCCCUUAGUUCUGGCAAAGCGCAGGGGAGUGAAUAAAGACGUCAUCCGACUGCUGGAAUCUUUGGAAGAGCAGGAGGUAAAAGGAUUUAACAGAGGAACCCACUCAAAACUGGAGACAAUGCAGACGGCUGAGAGUGAAAGUGCCAUGGAAAGCCAUUCUCUCCUCAAUCCCAACCUACAGCAAGGAGAAGGAGUCCUUUCCAGCUUUCGAACCACGUGGCAGGAGUUUGUAGAGGAUCUGGGUUUCUGGAGGGUGUUGCUCUUGAUCUUUGUCAUUGCCUUGCUGUCACUUGGCAUUGCCUACUAUGUGAGUGGGGUACUACCCUUUGUGGAAAACCAGCCCGAACUGGUACAUUAAGGGGGCUAAUGGGAGAAGAGGCAGACGCCUGUUUCCUGCAUCUAAUAUUUGUUCUGUUUCUCAAAUUCUUAGUGCAAAGCAGUGAGGGCUUGUACAUUUUUCUUUUUGCAUUUUUUACUUACUGUAAUCCUUUUCUGUGUUCCUUUGAACUAACUGCAUACCAUAGUCAAGUAAGUACACUUCAUCCUGACGCCACCUCUGACUCAACCUGAUUCCUAGGCAAAUCUACACAGGCCUUGUCUGAUGAAAACAUGGGGAUGACUAGAGGAGAGAAGUAAAGGAAGAGCCGAGGAAGUUCUUGCUGUAGAAACCCUACCCUGAUAGAGGACCAACUGAGGUCUUCAGAAAGAAAAAGGGUUUCUUACAUGAUCAGCUUUUGUUGGUAACUUUUUGUCUUUGCUAGUUUUUGCAAAAGCCCCUUUUCUCUUUUUAUUUACUUUAUUUAGGAAGAAGGGAGAGAGUGAGACAUUUCAACUUCGAACUUGAAUUACAUUUUUCAGAUCCAAUAGAGCAAAUUAGUAUUAUUGGAAUCUAUUAAUGUUUGGUUUAUUUUGUUAUUUUGAAGUUUAAUCACAAACCAAACAGAACUUUUGAAAAUGAGCUAUAUUUUCUUCAAAAAUGAUUGACUUGAACUUAUAUUUAUUUGUUUUUAGGAUACUUUUCGGUUUUUUUGUGUGUGAACUGCUUUGCUUGUUCAUAUCUGUAAAAAGUAAACUUGAGAAGUUCAUUUUGUUCUCAUUUUCGUUUCCCCCAGUGCUUACUUCUAAGGUACCUUAUUCAUCAAGAACACAGCUAGAAAACUCUUCUACUGAAUAGUUAGCACAAAAAAAAAAUUCUGAUGUUUAACUGUCACUGUAAUUCUGUAGUACUUUUAUUAUAAUGAACAAUUCAGUUCUAUAAGCUAGCUGUGUUGUCACAGUUGUAUCAUAGUUCAUAAUUAUUUCAUGUGCAAUCCUAUUUAGAGGCCCUGUUAGACUCACCAUCCAUAUCAGAAAUUCUCUGAUGGCAAGAAUAGAUGGAGUUUUUCUGAGUUAACAGCGCCGAACAGUAUCAUCCGGGGUGUCAUAAACUCUUUAUGAAGGGUAAUAUUAUGUAAAUUCAAAUCUGGCCCCCAAACUGUAUUGCAGCUUACAGCGAUAUGUUUGAAGGCCUCUUUUGUUCAUGAUUCUAUAACAUAUAAAUCAUAUUCUUAGGUUAUUGAAAAAGGAUGAAGGCUUGAUAAUUGUCCCUUGAGUGAAGUCAGAAAAUUGUAGUAGAAGAACUAAUGGUUUAUUUUUUAAAACAAAAGCAUCUAAGCUACUGCUAAUUGAAUUGUUGUUAGAAUUAGAUAUCAUAGUUUAGAAUAGAAUUGGUAUUUCUGUGAUUCUUUAGCUUCUUGAUAUUUUUUCUUUUGUAUUUAUGUAUCUAAUACUGAGGCUUUUUUCUUUGUAUGACUUAUAUCCUCCUUUAAGAGCUGUUUUAAAAUUCCUAAUUAACUGGCUGCUUCAGAAUCAGCUUGCCGAGUCUUGCUUUUUAGGUUAGAGACAAAAAAAAAAUCAUAGUUGGUGUAAAGACAGCAAAAAGCAGCUGGCUUUAGAAUUCAGAAUACAAGAUGAGAACUCAAAUUUGAAGGACACUCAGAAUGAAAGCCUUGCAAUUAGCUUUACAGUUGUUUGUAAAUCUAAACAGAAAUGCAGAAUUGGUUGAUAUAUAUGUAAAUAUCUUGCAUUUUUUAAGAUUAAUGUUUUCUUCUAAAUGUUAAUUUCUGUAUAUUCUCUACAUUCAUCAUUGAGUAAUAACACCAAUAAAUGUAUUUAUGAAUCCCUUAA